AUGCAUUUUCGCUACUUACGCACUAUUCUGCUGGCAAGUCUUCUCGCUACCAGUGCUUUGGCAAGAACAAAUCUCACGUCAACCACGUCACAGACAGUGAAUUCAUCUGGAUCUCAAAGCACUGACGAAGAAUUCAGAACAUUUACACUCGAUCACUUCCGUUUUGUAAGCGAACAAACCUCGGAUGAUCUUGAUUUAUACCGCAUCAAGGACUCAGUCUUACCUUAUCUGCAAAGCAAAGAUUUUGCUAAAGCAGUCGGGUUGAAAUUUGGGCCACCAAACCUCCUGGCGACUCUGUCGUGGCGAAAAUGGGCCUACUUGAUUUGCCGUCGAGACGUGAAGGACUGGUCGAGACGACACGAAAUACUUCUUCAUGGUAUGAAGACUAUAUUUCCCCCCGAAAAUCUGGAAUUUAUAUUUCGAAAUGCGCUCCAGGAUCCUCAUACAACUUUGCUCGCUGCUGCACUGCUCAAAUAUGAGCCGCAGCUUUUUGAUACGAUAACAAGGAACAUUUUUGCGAAGGUCGAUUAUCGCCAUUUGUUUAGCGAACAGUUUUUUGAGUGGGUGAAGUGUAUACGCCUUCAGAAUGGAGAUAGACCUGAAGAGACAUAUAUACUUGCUGAACUGGAACAUCUCAUCACGAUCUAUGGAGAGACCAAACUAGUUGGGAUUUUGACCCUUCCGAACAAUCAAAAUGACAAAGGGCAAAAGUACUUGAAGGCUCUAUCUUCGAAGUGGCUGAACGAGAGAAAGAAUCCGGUCGCAGUUGUGAAAAUGGUGAUCCCCACUUCCGAUAGUUUUCUCUAUCGUGGGUUUGAGAAAUUUUCUCCUCGAGUAUGGAUUGACUACCACAUUAAAUUCUACAAACGUUAUCCCGAUGGAGCACAUACGGUGACGCUGCUUGAUACGCUUAAAGAAGCUUUCGAUAAAGAUAAAGAGUGGGCCCUUUAUUUUCAACAAGCACAAUAUCAAGAAUGGUUCAACAACAAGCAACAUCCUGGCGAUGUUUAUAAUAAAAUAAUGGUUGACCCUGAGAUUAGUGAUUGGGGAGUGUAUGCCAGAGAUGAAUUUGCCCAAGCCGUCGCCGGUGAAUACUACGAAGCUCUUUAUAACAAUCAUAUUCUGGAUACUCCACAACUUCCUGAGACGAGUGAUGGAACAAUUACUAGCGCAGGCAGUGGUGGUGAGCAGCAUACUAUGGGAAGGAUUUGGCGAAGAGAGAGUUUUGGUGAUCAGGCGUGGAAUUUUCGGAGAACAGAGUAUCCACCUCCACUUGCUGCGCCAGUCCAGCAGAAAUGA